AUGGCCUCGUCUACUUACAAGGGCAACCUCUCAGUUGGAGGCUCUGCUCUCGACAAGUCCAAAUUGCAGCUACGCAGGCCAACCCCAGACAGUGAUGUUCUGGCGUCGAGCGAUGACGACCGUGAGCACGUGCCCACUGUUGUUCGCCCAACUGGGGGCUACCCUGGUGGCCGCCGCCCCUCCUCGGGUUGGCUGCAAGACAUCCAGCCAAAUCGCAAGUUCUCCCUACCCUCUGCCUCAUUCGCCGGCUCUCAACCUGCAACUCCAUCAAGCGAGCUACCAAGCCAGACUCGCAGCGGGACGUCUGCAUUUCCCUGGAACACCUCCAGCUUCAGCAGUUCACAGGCGAACAGCCGGCUGAAGGAAAUUGUGCCGUCACCCACAUCAGCCCACUUUCCCGGUGACAAGCCCUCACCUUCACCGGCUGCACCUGACAGCGAAGAGAGCAUUGGCUUUCUCCUCAGUCAGCAAAAUCCCAUGCGCAAGGCCGUACGCUCACAGUCCUAUAGCAUCGGGCAGGGUGACCUAGAGAGCAGUCCUGUCGGCCAGUUUUCAGCACGUGUGCGCUCAACAGCAGGUGUACGCCACCGCCCUUCCAAGCCCAGCCUACUUGGUGACUCUGGUAUCGGUCUGUCUCAGCUCCGUGAGGACGACAUCGACGAACUUGAAUCAGUGCAUAGCUCUGAUCACGGUGUGCGCCUUCCACAAGGUUAUUGGGAACGCGAGCAAACACAAGCUCUGCUCAAACAGGCAGCCAUGGAGAGCGCACGUGCACGUAACCGCGCUACGUCGACAAGCUCGCCUGUUCACCAGCACCCUCCCCCUCCACAGCGUCGCAAGACCACCGCUGGCCUUCGAGGAAUGUCCUAUGGAAGCACCGCUGACUACGCAAUCGAAGAGCACGAAGACAACGACGCAGUUGGCCACGCUUUGACUCCAUCUUCGUUGACUCGUCGCUUCAGCGAGCACGUCUCCGUUCUCAGCCGUGAGCCUGAGCAAGAGACCACGGACAGCCCAAAGAAGCAGCAGUGGGCUACUGGCAACAUUCACAGCCUUGGUAUGGAUGCAAUGGGUCGUAGGCACUCCUUUGCACACUAUGGGGGGUUCAAUCAGAGUAUGCCUCUUUCGACUGCCUUGAGCAACACCCAGGAAGAAGAUGAGAGCCUUAUGUCUCCUCGCCAAGCCUCUCACUCACCUGAUGAGCCAGAUCGGUUCGAUCACUCCGCAUACUUUGCGGGUUACGGUCCUGCGUCUCGCGCUAUCAAUGCCUCUGCGAUCUCCGCCGCUCACCCGGAUCCCGUUGUUUCCAACACAACCAUCAGCACGGCAGCGAAUGCAAACAUGAAUACAACUAACCCGUAUGCCGUUCCGCCCGUUUUGGGGCGCCCCGGUCGGCGCUUGUUUGUGGUUACCUUCAAGUGCUCCAGAGCCGACAUCUACUAUCUCUACGAUAACACCGGUCUUGAGAUCCGCCGAGGUGACUUGGUCAUCGUCGAGGGCGAUCGCGGUUGUGACCUUGGUCAGGUGGCACAUGCAGACGUUAGCCUCGAAGAUGCUAAGAAGUUCAAAGCCGAAGCUAAUGAGGAGCACUUCCGCUGGCUCGUCAUGUUCUCCCAGUACUCGCUCGCAGGGACCCAGAAUGACUCCGGCAUGCUGGGAGCCCUGGCGCGCGCAAACGGUCUGUCCAACAACCCGAACCAGCCUCAAAUGACCGGCAUGAUUGGCAAUCAAGAUCAAGAUGCUAAGCCCAAGAUGAUUAAACGCCUUGCUCAGCAGCAUGAAAUCUUCGCUCUGCGCGACAAGGAGGGUUCCGAAGCGAAAGCUAAGCGUCUUGGAGCUCAGAAGGCCGCUGACCACAAGCUGCCUAUGGAAGUCCUUGAUGCCGAGUAUCAAGCCGAUUACCACAAACUGACCUACUUCUACUACGCAGAGUCUUACGUCAAUUUCAACGACCUCGUCACCGAUCUGUUCAAGCAAUACAAGGUCCGCAUCUGGAUGUCGGCCGUUAACCCAGCAUCGGUUGUAAACCCGGCUGGGAUAAUGCAGAUCCCGCCACCCUCUGCUAUAGGUCCCGGUGCAAUCAUCAAUCCAGGCAACGCAAACUCGCCCUUGCCCGUAGGACCUGGCUUCGGCAAUAGCAACCAUCGUUCUAAUGAACACUAUAGCCGCAACCGCAACAAUGCGCCCCAGACCAACUACGACGAUGGACAGUACGCAUUCUCUCACCAGCUCCCAUCUUACACCCCACAAACCGCCUACGGCAUGCCUCCCUGGGCACAAGGACAGCAGUUCUCACAGCAGAUGUACGGUGGCUACAACGCCUAUGCCGGAGGAUACCCGAACGUGACCGCCAGCGGCAGUCCUAUGAACUACGGUGCUUACUAUCCACCCGGAUCUGGUUACGGUGCUCAGUCAGCCUACAACCGUGGCUACCCAACUGCUAGCCCUUACACGCCCACUGGUGGAUCCAACUAUGGCCAACAAGCCACUUCGGGUGCGAGCAACGGAAAAUCUGGCAGUGGCCUUGCCACUCAGACCAACGCUUCCAACAACGGCAAUGAGUCUGCCCUCGUUACGAGCAUGCAGAACGUGUCUCUUGCUAGCAAGUAG